AUGGCUUCUACUGCCCAGUCAGACUCACACACCGCCGCGGAAGACCAGUACUUCAGCUCAAACCCGGCGCCCAAGGCUCUGGACGAGCAUGUCUCCCUAGCCCGCGACUUCAUCAGCUUCCACGCGGCCGCCGGCCGGCGCGUGGUGCUCGUCACGUCCGGCGGGACGACGGUGCCCCUGGAGAAGCAGACGGUGCGCUUCAUCGACAACUUCAGCGCCGGCACGCGCGGCGCCACCUCGGCCGAGUACUUCCUCGAGGCCGGCUACGCCGUCAUCUUCCUGCACCGCCAGUUCUCGCUGCAGCCGUACAGCCGCCACUACAGCCACGCGACCGACUGCUUCCUGGACUUCCUGCACGAAGGGCCCGGCGGCAGCGUCGUCGCCAACGGCGGCGUCCAGGACAAGAUGCUGCGCGUCCUGCGCAAGUACCAGGCCGCCAAGACCCAGAACACGCUGCUCAUGCUGCCGUUUGUGACCAUCACUGAUUAUAUCUAUGAGCUGCGAGCCGUCGCCCAGCUCAUGCGGCCACUGGGUCCUGCAGGCUUGCUGUACCUGGCUGCGGCCGUGAGCGACUUCUUCGUGCCGCCUGAGCGCAUGGCCGAGCACAAGAUCCAGAGCACGGAUGCGGCAGACGCGGUCAAGAAGACGCCCGCUAAGCCAGUCGAGGCGGCUCCGAGUGAGGAAGAGGAGACGUUUGACAACUUUGACUCGUCCCCUGCCGUGCCGCGCAGCAAGAGGCUCAUUGUGGAUCUGGACCCCGUGCCCAAGUUCCUCAAGAACUUGGUAGAUGGGUGGGCACCGGAAGGCAUGAUUGUCUCGUUCAAGCUGGAAACAGACCCAGCCAUCUUAGUGCACAAGGCGAAGUAUUCACUCGACCGGUACCAGCAUCACCUGGUCAUCGGCAACUUGCUGUCAACACGCAAGUGGGAGGUUGUCUUUGUCGCGCCCGGCCGGCCAGACAAGUGGAUCCGUGUGCCCAUCAGUCGCCGCAAGAAGACAAUCAGUGGCAUCGAGAACCUAGUCGGUGCGGCUGACAAGACGUCCACGACUGACGAUCAGCCGCUGGACCCGAAGACGCUGCCAGAGGGCGAGCCAGAGAUGGAGAUUGAGAGCCUGAUCAUCCCGGCGGUAGAGGAGCUGCAUGCGCAGCAUAUCAAGUCGUUUCAGGACAAGGCAUAG